CCCCCUCCCGGAGCCCGGAUGAAGAGUAACGCCAUUACCGCCGGAGCCGCGGAGAGCACUGGCGGGCGGUGACUGGACACCGGACCGGCCGCGCCAUGAGACUCCUCUCCCGCCUGCUUCUGCUGCUCUUGCUCGUAUUCCCCGCUACGGUCCUGCUCCGCAGUGGCCCUGGAGGCUCAUUAGCUGCAGCUCAGGAUCUCACAGAAGAUGAAGAAACGGUAGAAGAUUCAAUAAUUGAAGAUGAGGAUGAUGAAGCAGAGGUGGAAGAAGAUGAACCCACAGAUUUGGCUGAAGAUAAAGAGGAAGAAGAUGUAUCUGGUGAACCUGAAGCUUCACCAAGUGCAGAUACAACUAUCCUGUUUGUGAAAGGAGAAGAUUUUCCAGCAAAUAACAUUGUGAAGUUCCUAGUAGGCUUUACAAACAAGGGUACAGAAGAUUUUAUUGUUGAAUCCUUAGAUGCCUCAUUCCGUUAUCCUCAGGACUACCAGUUUUAUAUCCAGAAUUUCACAGCUCUUCCUCUGAACACUGUAGUGCCACCCCAGAGACAGGCAACUUUUGAAUACUCCUUCAUUCCUGCAGAGCCCAUGGGUGGACGACCCUUUGGUUUAGUCAUCAAUCUGAACUACAAAGAUUUGAAUGGCAAUGUAUUCCAAGAUGCUGUCUUCAAUCAAACAGUUACAAUUAUUGAAAGAGAGGAUGGGUUGGAUGGAGAAACAAUCUUUAUGUAUAUGUUCCUUGCUGGUCUUGGGCUCUUGGUUGUUGUUGGCCUUCAUCAACUCCUGGAAUCUAGAAAGCGCAAGAGACCCUUACAGAAGGUAGAGAUGGGUACAUCAAGUCAGAAUGAUGUUGACAUGAGUUGGAUUCCUCAGGAAACUUUGAAUCAGAUCAAUAAAGCUUCACCAAGAAGGUUGCCCAGGAAACGGGCACAGAAGAGAUCAGUGGGAUCUGAUGAGUAAAUGUUCCUUUGUGCAACAAUUCAGUCUUUACUUAACCUGCCCUAAUGUUUUUCGGCCUGAUGGGAAUUAGUGCAGAGAAGCCAUAUCACCAUAGAAGGCAACUACUACUUAUGUGUGGACUGAGCAAUCAGAGUCUGUGGCGAUAAUAUUACUGAAAAUGCACUGCAUUCAUUUUUCUAAAGUAACAAAUUUGGUUUUUUUUAAGCCAUUAAAAUCUAUGUGUGUGCGUGUGUAUGUAUGUGAGCAGUUGGUGUUACCAGAAUCAUUGUUGAACUACCUGAAGCCUGCCUUUAGAAUACUAAAUAUAAUGCUAUUGUGUCUCUUUUUGACAUUUUCUGGUACUCCCCCCCCCCCCCCGCCAAAACUCAAUGAAUGAAUAUUUGUCCAAUAUGAUUGUAAAUGUCCUGCCUUAGAUUGUUUUAAAGAAAAUAGUUUGUUUCUCUUUGAGAAUUGCUCAAAUCCAGUUGAUGGAGCAAAUUAGUAUUCUUGUUGUUGCUGUUUUACAACUAGUAUUCUAAAGGCACAAACAGGAGUAGCUGCUUUUUAGCAAUAGAAUUGUUUUGGUAUUUUGCUGCUGUUUACCAUAAUGCGCACCUUCAGAAAACUUCCCAAAUGAGUCCAAGGAAUUUGGGGAUUUCUAGCAACAAAAUUGUGAAGCAUGAGAAUUCUGCUGAUUUUGAUAUAUAAAAUCCACCCCUUUUUCUUUUUUUACUUUUUUUUUUUAAGAUAAUGGUACAUUUGUGGGACCUGAGUUGUGUUAUCCAUUGUUUUUUUUUUCUGAUCCACUUAGGUUUUUUUGUUUUUUUAAGAGAUCAUAUUUUUCCCUUAAUAGGAGUAUCUUGCUUGAAAAAAAAUUGCCUUGGUCUAUAGACUAAGCAAAAAGUCAGUUUAUAGGGGCAGAGAUAUAUUACAAGUAAUACUAAUCUGUAAAAAAAAAAAAAAGGAAUUGGAUAUUUUUUUAAGUAGUUAACCAUUUGGUUUUUAUCUAAUAUUUUUGGGUAAUUUGUUCAGAAAACCUUUUUUAAAUAAAUCUGAAGAAUUCCAAAAUUUUAAGCACUUAAGAUCUCAGUACCAAAAUUAGAUUGGACUUUGUAAAAUCCUAUUAGAGUCACUCUUGUCCCAGGUAGUAAAUGAAGUUUGGCAUUAUUGUCAGACUGGAUAAAGAGUAAAGUAAAAUAGUGUGAACAGAUAAGAGGCUUUUCCCCUCUGUCUUUAAGCCAUAUUCUCCCACAUAUAUUUUGUAAAGAAAUGGUAAAUGAAAUUCUAGUGGCUGUUUAAUUCCUGAUCUGUCUUUAAUACAAUGGAUUUACCCCUCCUGCCCUCUUCUUUAUAAUCCCCGCCCAUUCCCACACGAAACAACAGCAAAACAAGACACACAAACAAAAAAAUCUUACCAAGUUCUUUAUUUAAAAAUCUGAGCCAAAGCCUAUGACAAUAGAAUAGAAGUUAUUGUUGUAUAGUUGUUAAUCACUUCGCAAGUAGGGGCUAAGGUGUCAAAUUCUCUAUAUUGGCAUUGCUGAACUAUAAACUUUCUAUAUCUGUAAUAUAAAGUGUUUUGAGUUUUUAAUUGGGCUGUAUGAUCAGUAGCUUAUUUUGAAAAAGCUCUAUGAGCUGUAAAAACUGCAUGUUUUUUUGUUUAAUGUAAUAUAGGAGACCCUCCACCUUCUCAAGGAAUAUAUUUCAAAACAUUGUUUUGUGAAUUCCUAAGUUUUUGAAACUCCUAGAACCAUAUUGCAGUGAGGUGUAAUUACAAAAUUUAAAUGGUUUCUAGACAGUUUCAUUGACUACUUGGUGGUACUUAGGCAGUGGCAAAGCCACCGAGGUACAGGUGCCAGCCCUUCUGAUUCCUAAGUAAUUUGCCUUACAUGCUAGCCUUUCCGCUGCUGAGGUUCAGAUUAGUACCUCAGAAGUUAUUUGUCAUGUUGUUUCGUUUUUUAGCAUUGAUUGGGAACAGUUGAAAACUCUUAAAUCCUCAGCUGCCAGGGUCUUCUAUAGUAUCAGUAUGUGUUUAGCAGAAAACUAACUCCAUAAUGAAUGGAAUUCAAUUCCACACAUGGUUUGUUCAAGCACACUUAAUAAGUAGCCUAUUUUUUAAAUGUCUUUUUUAAAUGUAAAUAUUUGGAUGAAGUUUUUAAAGUUUGUUUUGAUAUAUUCAUUUGCUACACCAACCAUGGUUUCAGAACUUACCUUUUGAGCAAAUUGGUUUCAGAAUCUGUAAAAUGAACCAAGAAUCUUGUGUACCAAACCUGUCACUCAGACAUGUGAGAAUAAUGUGUUCAUAAAGCAUGGAUCUUGC